ACGAGUCAGGACCAAUCCAAAUGGCCCUAUCGAAAUGCUUGGUUCCUUCGUGAAGAUAGGGGGAAAGACAGAAAAAGGAACCAUGUCGACGAGCUGCUAAUGAACAAAAAUCAACGAAGAAUUUCGCCGCCGUCGGAUUAUAACCAGGAUAGCUAUGUUUACAUGGUGAAUGUUUAUGGAUUAUGCUAUUGCGAAGAGUGGCAAAAUGGAUUUGGCAAUGGCCCGAACAUAUUGAAUAGCUCGUGUGUGGGGGGAGAGGAAAGACAUUUCAGCGAGAAUUGUGAGGGACGAUAGGAAGACAAUAACCCUGUGAAACCUCUCACCUUUUCUCGCUCUGAGAGGCCUCUGAAGUAUUCUUUAAUGGCUCUUCUGUCUGUCUCUCCUCCGCGUCUUUUUUUCGCCCGCACCACUCAUAAAACAAUCGAGGUCGAAUCGCCGUAGCCUGCCAUUAAGUCCUUAUUCGACCGUUCUGGUUUUAACGUUAAAUUCUUAUUUUUUACCUAUAACAUACUGGCAACCCUCGGUAGGGUGAUUCAGACGCUUAAAUAUGGAUUUUAACGGUAGCGGUGGAGGUAACGAGCUACACAACAAUCAGUUCUAUCAGUCCGAGGAAAGCAAGCCUUUACUGGGAGAGAUGUCUACGCCGCCACCGCCAGAGGGUAAUAAUAAUAAGCUGGCCGCCGGGCCAUGUCGGAGGACCCUUCACUGCAGUAGUGGGAUGCGUUACAAACUGCUUCAGGAGGGAGACAUCCAGGUGUGCGUGAUUAAACACCCUCGCACUUUCCUAAGCAAGAUCCUCACGUCGAAAUUUUUAAGAAGAUGGGAGCCGCACCACCUCACCUUGACAGAGAGCAGUCUAGUCUCCGCAACGCCCACAGGAUACAUGGAGUCGGUGCUGUCCUACAGCUCUAUAGAGGAUGUGCAGCUCCUGUCCUGGGAGAACGCGCCCAAGUACUGCGUCCAGCUGAGCUUCCCUGGUGGGACUGUCCUGCUGCAGGCAGCGAACAGCUACUUGCGAGACCAGUGGUUUCACUCUCUACAGUGGAAGAAAAAGAUCUACAAGUACCGUAAGGUCCUGAGCAACCCGAGCCGGUGGGAGGUCGUGCUAAAGGAGAUCCGGGCGCUGGUGGACAUGGCCCUCACCUCCCCGCUGCAGGACGAGUCCAUCCACCAGGCGCCGCUACACAUCAUCUCCACUCUGCUGGCUGAGAACACAAGCCUCAGCACGCAGGACCAUGAGAACAUCAUAGUGGCCAUAGCUCCACUCCUGGAGAACAAUCAUCCACCACCUGACCUGUGUGAAUUCUUUUGCAAGCACUGUCGUGAGCGUCCUCGGUCGAUGGUGGUGAUUGAAGUGUUCACUCCUGUGGUGCAGAGAAUCCUUAAACACAACAUGGACUUUGGAAAGUGCCCCAGAUUGCGGUUGUUCACGCAGGAGUACAUCCUGGCGCUGAACGAGCUUAAUGCAGGAAUGGAAGUGGUGAAGAAGUUCAUCCACAGCAUGCAUGGACCUACAGGACAGUGCCCACACCCCCGCGUUCUGCCCAAUCUGGUGGCUGUGUGUUUGGCAGCCAUUUACUCCUGCUAUGAAGAGUUCAUCAACAGCCGUGACAACUCCCCCAGCCUGAAGGAGAUCCGUAACGGCUGCCAACCCCAGAGUGAGCGGAAGCCCCCGAUGCCCCUGCGCCUGCUGCGACAGGAGCCGCCCACCCCUCCUCCGGGCGCUCUCCUGCCCCCGGCCCCCACGCUCUCGCCCCCGCCACCUCCCCUGCCCCUGCCCCCGGCUCCGCCCAUCGCCAACUCGAGCGAGGUGCUGGUGGAGCUGGAGCGGAGCAACAACGCGGCCAACGCAGCGCUGCGACGCGGCCCGGCUGGCGGGGACAGCGAGCCCAACCUCAUCGACUGCCUGAUGGUCAGCCCCGCGCUCAGCGCCCUGGCCAUCCAGCUGCCCGCGCAGGCCGACCGCACACUCGGCUGCUUCGCCCUCAUCCUCAAGAUGCUGUCUGACUACGAUGACUGGAGACCAGCCCUGGCUAGUCUGCUGCAGCCCAUCCCCUUCCCCAAAGAGGCCCUUGCACAUGCCAAAUUCACAAAGGAGCUGAAACACGUCAUUCAGAGGUUUGCAGAGGACCCACGACAAGAGGUUCACUCCUGCCUCCUGAGCGUUCGCUCGGGGAAAGAUGGCUGGUUCCAGCUGUACAGUCCAGGCGGUGUGGCCUGUGAUGAUGACGGAGAGCUGUUUGCCAGCAUGGUGCACAUCCUCAUGGGGUCCUGCUAUAAGACCAAGAAGUUCCUGCUCUCCCUGGCUGAGAACAAGCUGGGACCCUGCAUGCUACUGGCCCUGCGAGGCAACCAGACCAUGGUGGAGAUCCUGUGCUUGAUGCUUGAGUACAACAUCAUUGAGAACAAGGACACACAGCUGCAGAUCAUCUCCACCCUGGAGAGCACCCAGGUUGGCCUGCGCAUGUACGAGCAGCUAUGUGACCGACAGAGAGAGCUGAAGGAGCUGCAAAGAAAAGGAGGUCCAACUCGUCUCACACUGCCCUCAAAGUCCACAGACGCUGAUCUGGCCCGUCUGUUGAGUUCGGGCUCCUUUGGGAACCUGGAGAACCUGAGUCUGGCCUUCACCAAUGUCACCAGUGCCUGUGCUGAGCAGCUCAUCAAGCUGCCCUCCCUCAAGCAGCUCAACCUCUGGUCCACUCAGUUUGGGGAUGCAGGACUGCGGUUGUUGUCAGAGCACCUGGCAUGUCUGCAAGUGCUGAAUCUGUGUGAGACACCGGUUACUGAUGCAGGCCUACUGGCCCUGAGCUCCAUGAAGAGCUUGUGCAGUCUCAACAUGAACAGCACCAAACUAACUGCUGACACUUAUGAGGACCUGAAGGCCAAACUUCCGAACCUGAAGGAGGUGGACGUUCGCUACACAGAGGCCUGGUGAACUCCCGUGUACUCACCCCCGUCCCCCCGCCACCACACCUGACCACACCAAACCUCCGACACCACCCUGACACGAGGUUUCUUCCUCUGACAUCUGAACGCGUCAAGCUUUCAUCCUCAUUGCCACUCUACGUGUCUGCCACUGCCAGCUAUCGGUUAGGAAAGAACAGGGGAAUUGGGGAUUUGGGGUGGGGGGAGCGCUGGCACAUCUUGAUAGGACCUUUGGACCCCUCUGUUGAUGUCCACCAUGGGUAGGGGGGACGGAGGGUGACUACAAUCAAGACAUGAUUGUCUUGGAUCCUCAUUUUACCAUGAACCUUUUCUGUGUAUUGACAUUGAUCUAAACGAACCCUCAUUUUUAAGUUCAUCAGCCCACAACAGUGACUCUCUCUUUCUCUCUCUCUCUCCCUCUCUCUCAUUCACUUUUAAUUGCUUGCCUCAGUUUCACCCCUUUUUUCAGCCAUGAUCUCCUGUUGGCAUGCCCAUGCUUUUCAGGAUUGCCCCUCCUAUACUGGUUUGCUUAAGUUUAUCGUUUGUUAGUUUGUAACUUCUUUAGUGGUCGUGGUCACCCCCACCCCUCUCACUCACUCAGAUGCAGAAUGACAAAAGACUGUGACUACACACAUUUUUUGCCCUCAAGAAGUCUCGGUGUCAAGGUUGCUCCAUUCACAUCUGUUUUACGUUCUUUCACCCAAAGGCGUCACCUUGCUCACUGUCCCUUUUAGCUUACUGGGAGCUGGAAUAGUCUGAGCCACAUUCCACUCAUGUUUGGACCCUGCCAAGUGUCCCUCUGUACAUAACAAAAACAUGAGAUAUCUACAAGAGCUCACUUCUAUCAUUUCAAAGCUUCGUAUGCAGUACCACCUUUUUAGAGUUUCUCUUCUCAUUUUGGGCGUGGGCAGUCCUCAACCAGGUGAAUCACAACCUCUGUGAGAUGGGUGAAAGAUUGUGCCUCUCUUCUUCUCUCACUCUGAUUCUCCAUCUCUGUCUCUUUCUUUCUUUCUUCCUUUCUCUAUCUCUCUUUCUUUCUCUCUGAUCUUAAAAUACUGUCUCUCCCUUAAAAUUUGUAUCAACUUGAAUGAACAUAUUUUUCCAGACAUCUCUGCUUUCAUAUACUGUGUGUUUAUAUAGAAUAUAUAUAUAUAUAUAUAUAUAUAUAUAUAUAUAUAUAUAUAUAUAUAUAUAUAUAUACCCUUCUGACAAUUUUGAGCAGACAUUUCAGGGCCUCUGCUCUGCACCCUGAUACAGUAGUGGGCUGUCUUCUCCUUUUGCAAGUUUCAGUUAUUGAUUUCAGUGUACAUGCGGUUUUCUCUAUAUCACCCAUAUUUAAGAGAACGAUUGUGUAGAAGGUGGUCUGGGACCACCUUGUAUUUAUGAGUCCUCUGUUUGUUUUUUUUUUGUUUUUUUUUGUCUUUUUUUCUUUAUCUUUUAUCUUUUCUCUCCUUUGAAUUCUUAGCCCUGUGCUGGUAAAGUACUUUGUUGACUGGUGGCUUAGCAUUCACACAAAGCUGGUGUGUAGAAUCGCAGAAGCCUUCCAGAGUUAAGGAUGGGCGGGGCCAGGGUGGGUUGGGCAGGAGAUGACAACUGUUGGGACUACUGAGCCAGCUUUAGUGUUUAGGGUCCCUGCCUUCUCUUGUUUUCUGUAAGAUUCGUGUAGCUUUGCUACUUCAACCUGACACCUGCCAUCAUUGCUAGGCCCAAUAUAUUGUGGCGUAUCGAUCUCUUUUUUUAUUUUUUAUUCAGUCUAAAUGUAUCUUUUAGUGCUGUUGAAGCACUUCACGGUCGGCUUUGCUUUUGUGUUCUUUUUAAAUAAUGAAAACAUUUUCUCUUGUUAUUUUAAUACAAGAUUUAAAGGGAAAAAAAAAACAACAAUCAAUUUUAUAUGUUUGUUGACCCCUUGCUGAUAUAGCGGUUUGAACAGGACAUUGACGUGCGCACCGAAGGGGUCAGGGUGGGAUAGUUCCCCUCUCAUGUACUGUUUCUCCUCGCCCUAAGAGGAAGCCGAAGGACUGAUGGCAGAGGCGUCACGACCGAGACAGACACUGUUACUGUGGAGUCACUGACAGGUGGAGUUAUGUGUCUGCUAACCAACCAGCGUUCCAAUCUGUGGUAACCAUGCCCAUUCAGACUGCUGGGGGGGAGGGGCCUAGAACUCACUUCCUCACCCCCCCCCCCCCCCCCAUUGGCAGCCUCUGUGAAGUCACUCUGCUUUGAUUGGCUGGCAGGAGCCGGUUCCUCCCUGUUUCCCUGUCUUUCCCUCUGUUUUAUUGGACAGUUUCCUUUUUGGGAGACGGCUACUUAGACUGGCCCUACAUUGAGAAGUUGGGCGCAAUUAUGUGCAAUUUUGUUUUGUUUUUGUUUAUGUUUUUGACUAUUUGGAAGAGUUUUAAGUUGUUUGGUACCCCACGGAAGAGGCCCGUCCAGAGUCAGAGCUGGAAGAGUAUGUUUGAUUGAUUUUUUUUUUUUUUUCUUUUCUAAAAUUAGUGUGCCACAAAGCGAUCUGCCACUCAGCCAAGCCGUCCAAUCCCACCUCUCCAGUCUCUCACUGUCACUUCCUGUGUAAUGUAUAUGUUCGUGUAUAUAAUGUUCUCCCUUUGCUCCUCCUCUUCAUCUCUCUGUGUAUUCCCUCCAUCACUUGAACUGUUUCAGUUCCUCCCCAUGUUUCUUUCUCUCUUCCUGGUGGGGGACUGAUGUUGCCUUCAUCUUCAGGGUGUGUGUGUGUGUGUGUGUGUGUUUGUGUGUGUGUGCGCGCAAGUGUGUGGUUGUUUUAACUUCAGACCAGCUGCACUGUAAAUUAACUGUUGCGUUACGUCCAGUUAUAAUCUCUGCCGCACCAGUUGUCUUUCUAGCCGUCAAAAGACAAACUUUUGUUGCCUGUGUUUUUUCUUUAAUGUUUGUCAUUUUGAUUUGCAUGAAUGUUACAUCAUAUUAUUUACUUUGUUGCUUAUGUGUGUGUGUGUGUGUGUGUGUGUGUGUGUGUGUGUGUGUGUGUGUGUUUUUAUAACUGUAUAUGAAUGGUGGAAUAAUAAAAAAGGAUCAGAUCACCCCUCUCCCAUCCUGCAGUGCCCCCAUGUCCCUCAUGUAUGUGCCCGUAGGAGCAUGGCCUCGUGUGUGUGUUUGUGUGUUUGUGUGUGUGUGUGUGUGUGUGUGUGUGUGUGUGUGUGUGUGUUCUGGGUUGGGUGUCUGUCAGGCCACCUACAGAAAGGAAGCUCUCGACAUGAACAUUGCAACAUUUACCAUCAACAGCUGGUGUAGCAGAUCCAGUGUGUCCGGGGAAAAGGCUUCUGCACUCGCUGUGUGUGUUUGUUUGUGUGUGUGUGUGUGUGUGUGUGUGUCUGUUGGACAAUUCUGGGGGUGUUUUCACUCAGGAAAUUUAUCAUGUAUGGAGAGACUUAGAUGAGCAUGACUGAACUUUUUAUUAUUAUUAUUUUUUGUCGAUGAAUGGCUUGUGAGGCAGUGCUCCUGUAAGUGGACCAUUUGUGCCAGUGGGUAUAUGGGGGUUCUGGGGGCAGGAGGGUCCCUAGGACCAGCAACUAAGAGGAGGCUCUUCAAUAUUGACAUCCUGUAUUUUACAUGAGAAAAAAUCUGUAAACAUUUCUAAAGGGUUAGUGUGCUCCUCACUACUUUAAGGAGGCAUGAGGAGUAUAGUUUGGGGUGAGGAUUUAUUAUUACUGUAGAUUAAUCACAUUCUUAAUAGAGGACAUCUCUUGCACACACACGUCAUAUCUCCAUCCUGUGGAGCUUGUUUUUGUUUGUUUGUUUGUUUGUUUGUUUGUUUGUUUUAUAUUGUUUCCUCCUUCUCCCCAGACUCCCCAAUUCUCUUUUUUUCUCCCACACUGUUCAUAUUAUAACUUGAUGACUUGUUCAAAUUAAUUUUUUUUUUUCUUUUAUGCUCUUUUUUUUAAUAGAUUUAUAUUGUAGAAAGUGUGACUGCGCUUGAGUCUUAAAAAUGUGGUCAAAUGGGGCAAGAGGGGGUCUGCUUCUUGAGGUCCCUACGCCUCCCAUGCUGGCGCAGUCAUGUAUAUAAAUGAACUACAUCACCCAUAAUUCCUGGAGGGUUUUUUUGUUUGUUUUUCGCAGAUAGAAUCCUUAGUCCCUUUUAUCUCCUCCUGUUUUUGUGUUUUAAAAUGCUUCUACAGCUGGGUUACUACUGCUGCUGAUCUGUGGCUGUCGUAAUGAAAAAUACAAGAACCUUCAACGGGGGGGGAAAGUAAAAAGUAAAAAAAAAAAAAAAAACAUGAUGUGAAAAAUUUCAAUCAAGAAUAAAACUGUCUGUGAAUAUGUUA